CCUUGAGCUCUUCUUCCUUACACACUAAAUCGUCUUGCAAUUACUAGUUGUACUACCUAGCUACCUGCUCUUUCCCAGCAGUCGUCACUACUUUCUUGCCUUCCCCAACCUGUACCUCUACUUUCCUUCCCUGUAACCACCACCUGUACCCGCAAUGGAGGGCUCCUUCAACGGCGAGGGCCUGUGCAUGUCGGCGCCGGCGCGCCCCGCCGACCCGCUCAACUGGGUCAAGACCGCCGAGGACCUCACGGGCAGCCACCUCGACGAGGUCAAGAAGAUGGUGGCGCAGUUCCGGGACCCGCUCGUCACCAUCGAGGGCGCCACCCUCGGGAUCGCGCAGGUCGCCGCCGUCGCCGCAGGCGCCGGCGUCGCGCGCGUCGCGCUCGACGAGUCCGCGCGCGGACGCGUCAAGGAGAGCAGCGACUGGGUCAUGAACAGCAUGAUGAACGGCACCGACAGCUACGGCGUCACCACCGGCUUCGGGGCCACGUCGCACCGCAGGACAAAGGAGGGCGGCGCGCUGCAGAGGGAGCUCAUCAGGUUCCUCAACGCCGGCGCCUUCGGAACCGGCACCGAUGGGCACGUGCUGCCGGCCGAGGCGACCCGCGCGGCCAUGCUGGUCCGCAUCAACACCCUGCUGCAGGGCUACUCCGGCAUCCGCUUCGAGAUCCUCGAGGCCAUCACCAAGCUGCUCAAUGCUAACGUCACGCCAUGCCUGCCGCUCCGUGGCACCAUCACCGCCUCGGGGGACCUCGUGCCGCUGUCCUACAUCGCAGGCCUUAUCACCGGCCGCCAGAACUCAGCCGCGGUGGCCCCUGACGGCACCAAGGUGACCGCUGCGGAGGCGUUCAAGAUCGCCGGCAUCGAGCAUGGCUUUUUCGAGCUGCAGCCCAAGGAAGGGCUCGCCAUGGUGAACGGCACCGCCGUGGGCUCCGGCCUCGCGUCCACCGUGCUGUUCGAGGCCAACAUCCAGGCCGUGCUCGCCGAGGUCCUGUCCGCCGUGUUCUGCGAGGUCAUGACCGGCAAGCCCGAGUUCACCGACCACCUCACCCACAAGCUCAAGCACCACCCGGGGCAAAUCGAGGCCGCGGCCAUCAUGGAGCACAUCCUGGAAGGGAGCUCCUACAUGAAGCAGGCCAAGAUUCAGGGUGAGCUCGACCCACUGAUGAAGCCGAAGCAGGACCGGUAUGCCCUCCGCACAUCGCCUCAGUGGCUUGGCCCUCAGAUCGAGGUUAUCCGCUUCGCCACCAAGUCGAUCGAGCGCGAGAUCAACUCCGUCAACGACAACCCACUCAUCGACGUCUCCCGCGGCAAGGCCAUCCACGGCGGCAACUUUCAGGGCACCCCCAUCGGUGUCUCCAUGGACAACACCCGCCUCGCCAUCGCCGCUAUCGGCAAGCUCAUGUUCGCACAGUUCUCCGAGCUCGUCAACGACUUCUACAACAACGGCCUCCCGUCCAACCUGUCUGGUGGGCGCAACCCAAGCUUGGACUACGGAAUGAAGGGUGCUGAGAUUGCCAUGGCUUCGUACUGCUCUGAGCUGCAGUUCUUGGGCAACCCGGUCACCAACCAUGUCCAGAGCGCGGAGCAGCACAACCAGGACGUGAACUCGCUUGGUCUGAUCUCGUCCAGGAAGACCGCAGAGGCAGUUGACAUCCUCAAGAUCAUGUCCUCCACCUUCUUGGUCGCUAUUUGCCAGGCCAUUGACCUUCGCCACAUUGAGGAGAACAUGAAGAUAGCUGUGAGGAACUGCGUCAUGCAGGUGGCCAAGAGGACCCUGAGCAUGAACAACAUGGGCGGCCUCCACAUCGCCCGCUUCUGCGAGAAGGACCUGCUCACCGCCAUCGACCGUGAGGCGGUCUUCGCCUACGCCGACGACCCCUGCAGCCCCAACUACCCACUCAUGCAGAAGCUCAGGGCUGUUAUGAUCGAGCAUGCCCUCGCGAAUGGCGAAGGAGAGCGCGCCCUGGAGACCUCCAUCUUCGCCAAGGUCGCUGAGUUCGAGCAGAACAUCCGCGCUGCAUUGCCCAAGGAGGUGGAGGCCGCACGCGCUUCCGUGGAGAACGGCACCCCGCUGGCGCCCAACAGGAUCAAGGACUGCCGCUCCUACCCGCUCUACCAGUUCGUGCGCGAGGUCUGCGGCACCGAGUACCUCACCGGCGAGAAGACCCGGUCGCCCGGGGAGGAGCUCAACAAGGUGCUCGUGGCCAUGAACGAGCGGAAGCACAUCGACCCACUGCUCGAGUGCCUCAAGGAGUGGAACGGCGAGCCCCUGCCACUCUGCUGAGCAAGCGACGAGAAGAGGUAACACCACAGGAAAAGAAAUGAACACGUAUAAACACUGAAUAUAGAACGUUUCAAGACUCUGAAGCGCGGGAGGUUCCUUCCUGUUAUAUCUAGAUGGCUGCCGAUACUCUUGUUGUCUGUGUUUCUUUGUAGUUCAGUUGAUGUUACCGUUGUUGUUUCCAGCUGCCGUGAUGCCAUGAACAGGGCAAGGCCGGCAGCUUCUCAAACUUGUGCUGUUGUAACUUGUAUGUUGGGAGAUCAUAAGUGCAUUAUUUUGUUUCCUAA